AUGUUCAAAUUCGUGAUCCUCGUUGCCUCGUGCUUGGCUGCUGCCACUGCCGGACACCUUGGUCUUCCUUUGGCGUACAGCAGUUACGCCGCUGCACCAGCAGUCGCCUACUCAAGCCCAGCAAUUGUCAAGACUGCCGUUCCAGCCGUGACCUAUGCUGCUGCCGCCCCAGUCGCCUACUCCAGCUCAACAGUUGUCAAGUCUGCUCCUGCGGUGGCCUACGUUGCCGCUCCAGUUGCUCCAGUUGCAUACGCGAGCCCAACUGUCGUCAAAACUGCUGCUCCUGUGGCUUACUCCUCUUACUCGGCCCACCCAGCUCCGGUAGCUUACAGUGCACCUGUGUGGUAA